CUUUACUUACAGCUAUCCUACUCUAGGGAAAACGGAUAUACAAGACGAAAGUACGACCUACAUCCCCACAAUCGCUGUUCAAGAAUCCACAACAAACUACAAACAAGGGUUGUGCGGAGAGUCACAACGAGACACAUGAUGUGCGAGAGGGAUCAAAGCCAUGGAAUACGAAGUGCUGCCUAGUAUCAUACAGAAGCUACAGCAAGUAUGGAUAACAACGACUACAGCAACCAUGGUACAAAGAACAAUGACGACGCUCGGUACAGAUCGAAGGCUGUGCGAGGCUAGAACAGCCAUUCGAUGGCAGAAAGGCAUGACGAGUGCAGAUAUUGAGCUCUACAGCUCAAGAUUUUAUGUCGGUAUUGAGACGUUUUACUUACAACUACGAUAUUCUAGGAAAAAUGGAUGUACACAGCGAAGUAUGAGUGACAUCCAGGCGAGCGCAACACGAGCGCCUACUACAACUACGUACAGGGAGAAGACUUUCCCACCACCAGUCGAGGUCAAGGCUAUCAACGCCAUUAUCAAGCAAGCUACACUCGAAUUCGACCUGUGGUCUACCCACCAUGUAUCGCGACCACUUACCACACUCAGGAAACACACCAACGAUGGUGACUUCGAGGAAGAAAGGCAAGCGCGAAGAUCACGGCUCGAUCUGCAACAGCCAUCAUUGAAGAUACAAGAUCCGACAGACAUGGGCACCGAGCGCGACGGCCCAAGUUUUUAUUUUAGUCACGCAACUUUUUACUCACAGAAAGGUUAUUCUAGGGUAGACAACAACUUCGAAGAGAGUAUGCAUCGACUUACAGUGAUACAAGUACGACGACUACGAUAUGCCUCCAGGAACAGGUUCAAAGUGACUCAGUGGACUUGCACACAAGACUUAGCAUGAAUAGCAACACGAGGGCGAGAUUUGAAGUUGCGACGGGAUACACAACAUGUGAGGAGUAUCGAGACCACACCGAGUGGGCUCUACAGCCCAAGUUUUAGUUAUUUUCUUAGACCGUUUUCCUUACAG